UUCGGUCGUUGGCUAGCAGCUUGCAUGCUCGUUCGGUUUUCUUUUUUGACUUGCUUGCUUGCGGUUAUAAGCUAUGUACGCUAGUUAGUUUGCGCUGUUAGCAACUUCUUUUCCUUAGAAGCAUACUCACUGCGGCUAAAGCGCAUUGUUGUUGCUGCAUAUCGCCAAAUAGCUUUUGUGUUGUACUUGUGUCGGUUAAAGUUUAUAAUAAUUGCUUCCGCUCAGACGCAUAUAAACUUUUGCGUUUCAAACAGGAAGCCGUAAACCAUCAUUAAAAACUACGAAUAUAAUAUAAGGAGUUUGAGAAGCGUCUCGUUAAAAUAACUUUCAGCGGAAAAACGACAUUGUUAAUGAAAAGAUGUGUAUAAUGUUGAAAAGCUUUAACACAAAAGCAUAACAAUUCAAAGUUAAAGAAAACUGCAUAAAAACUAAAAAAUUCAAAAAUUGUGUGAACUAAAACAAAUUUAUAUAAAAUAAGGAUGUUAAACUACAUUGAAAGCCAAACAAUUAAAUAAAAUGUUUUGACAAAAACUUAAAACAGGCAAAUAAUCAACAUUUAUUGUUGCUGUUGUUAUUUUAGUGUUUAUACCCAAAGUAACUUGCAUACCAAACCGUCGUUACGACCCAGAUUAUUUAAUCCAAUAAUUAAUUUUUGUUUUAACACAAAUUUAAACGUUUUGCAACUUGCCACCAAAGUUAAUUAAUUAUUUGCUAUAUACUAAACUGAAAAAAAUCACGCCAUGGGUUUAUCGGAAAAUCAAGCCAAUAGCUAUAUGCCAACUAGCACAGGACCUGGUGGUCAAGUUGUCGUCAUGGAGUGCCCAAACCAUCGCAUCUCCAACAAAAAGCUGCAUAUCUUGAAGAAGAUCAAGAAGCGUUUCGGACUAGUUCGUCGCUCACCAUCCUCCUGCCCGGGUCCCAACAACUUGCCACCCCUCCAGUUCCACACCGUACACGGCGACAACAUACGGAUAUCACGCGACGGCACUUUGGCGCGUCGGUUCGAAAGUUUCUGCCGUGCAAUCACUUUCUCAGCACGACCGGUACGCAUCAAUGAGCGCAUUUGUGUGCGUUUCUCAGAAAUUUCGAACAAUUGGAAUGGCGGCAUACGUUUCGGUUUCACCAGCAAUGAUCCGGCCACACUGGAGGGUGCGCUGCCUAAGUACGCGUGUCCCGACUUAACGAAUCGUCCCGGUUUCUGGGCGAAAGCGCUGCACGAACAGUAUUGCGAAAAGGAUAACAUACUUUAUUACUACGUCAAUUCGGCUGGGGAUGUGAUCUACGGCAUCAAUAACGUGGAGAAGGGUGUCAUAUUGAGCGGCAUCGAUACGCGUGGCUUACUCUGGACUUUGGUGGACAUCUAUGGCAAUUGCACUGCGAUUGAAUUCUUAGAUGCCCGUGUCUAUAUGUAUCAACAGAGCGGUAAUGGACUCGUGGCCGCCGGUGUAGCAUUACCUGCCGGCAAUGGUGGUGUUAUUGGUGCUGGUGGCACAUUGCCUGGUCCACAAAUUCCACUGAAUCCACAUCACCCACAUCAGCAAUCGCGUCGCUCAUUGCCAGCAGUCGAGCAGGAUUUGGAUCGUCAUGUCUUGCCUUCAAUGCAAUCUCUGAACAUCUCCAUGGAACAAAUGCCGUUUGCACAAGAUAUGGCCAAUGGUCUGCCACCGUUACGUUACAAUGCCAACGGCCGCCUUAUACCGGUACCCUUUCACAUCACCAAAGGCCGCAAUGUGCGUCUCUCCAUGGAUCGCUUCAUAGCGUCACGCACAGAGAAUGACUUCUGCCAGGGUUAUGUGUUCACAGCGCGUCCCAUACGCAUCGGCGAGAAGGUGAUUGUACAAAUACUUAAAACCGAACAAAUGUACUUGGGCGCAUUGGCGCUGGGCCUUACCUCUUGUAAUCCGGCGGGACUGCAACCCUCCGACCUACCCAACGAUUCUGAUUUUCUGCUCGAUCGUCCCGAGUAUUGGGUGGUGAGCAAGGAUAUCGCCUCACAACCACAACGUGGUGACGAGAUCGCCUUUUUUGUCGCGCCCAAUGGUGAGGUGACCAUUAGCAAAAACAAUGGUCCGGCUGUUGUUGUCAUGCAUGUCGAUCAAUCGCUGCAGCUGUGGGCUUUCCUCGAUGUUUACGGCUCCACACAGUCGGUGCGCAUGUUCCGCCAACAGCUGCCCAAUAUGAUUAAUUAUCCACAACAGCCGCUCUCCGCCGCACCGUCGACACAACGCCUGCCACAACACGGCAAUAUGUCAAUUGCUGAAUCGAUGAAUAGUCUGAACAGUCAAAUGUCUGAAUCGCGCAAAAUGUUGCACACGUCUGCACUCACUGUGGCAUCACACAAUACCAUGAACAGCUCAGCGGCGACACUAGCCUCCAUCACGGCCAAUGCGGCGAUAGCGGCUCAAACUCAUUGUAAUGUACCUGCAGCGACGGUGUCGACGGUCACGCCCGUCACCAAAACUAAUGGCAAUACCACGGCGACGGCAACCGGUCACAUGAUCAGUAUGCCAUCAAGUGGUGAUCUCAUACAAAUUCAGCCGAACGGUGGCGGUACUGUAUUGGUUGUGAAUUUGCCACCUGCGAACUCGACACACGAACUGAAUAGUGUGAGUGGUAGCGGUAAUGGUGUGAGCGCGACAAGGCAACCAACAUCGGGUGUACUGGCUGGCGCUUGUUCGACAACGAUGACCAAUAAUCAGUACAUUGAGCCUGUGACCUCGUUGAACGGUUGCAAUUCCACUCAGGAGAUGAAUAAAUGGAAAGACACCGUCGACCACAGUGGCAAUAGCAGCGCUGGCGCUGAAUGCACAAUCUGCUACGAAAAUCAAAUCGACUCGGUGCUCUAUAUGUGCGGACACAUGUGCAUGUGUUACGACUGCGCUAUCGAACAAUGGCGUGGCGUCGGCGGCGGUCAGUGUCCACUGUGUAGAGCCGUCAUACGUGAUGUUAUACGUACGUAUACCACGUGAACGGCACAGUGAGGCACACCAAAAUAGUAAUACAAAAAAUUAACCUGAAAACAGGUGAAAUGGAAUGCAACAACCUACGCUAAUGCCAAAUGUAGAGCCGAUUUUUUAAAUUAACAAUUUCGCGUUGCAACAAAGCGUUAGAUUAUU